AUGAGACUAAAUGCCUUACUUUUCACAUUUACUAUAUUCAUACUAAAAUUUGUCUGCUCCACUAUACCCCAAAGAGAAUAUAUCAAGGAAUUUGAUGAUUCAAUAAUACAACAAACAUUGGAGAAACUGGUUUUUUCGCUAAUAUAUUUUUAUUCAGAUUCUUGUAAAUUUUGUCAGCAAUUUGAUCCAAUUUUUGAAAAUUUAAGUGUUUUAUACAACCAUAAUAGCAAGUCAAGUUCCAGAUUUCAAAUUUUGAAAACCAAUGCUAGAAGCAAUAAAAAAUUAAGUCAGUUAUUCAAAAUCCAACACUACCCAUCUAUAAAAUUAUUGGAUUAUUCAACCAAAAAAAUCGAAUCAUUUGAAUACAAUCGAGAAUUACAAACCUUGAUUACCUAUAUCGAACAUCAUGUAUCAAUACAGCCAAAUUUUGAUAAUUUCGAAUCAAAAUUACAAAAAUUUAAUGACUUGAGUACAACACUUAUUAAAGCCAAUGAUCAAUUAAUAAUAUUUACAACUUCUUUCCUAAGUGACUGGAAAGACAUACAAUAUCCAGCACAUUUCAUACAAAAUUUAGCAUUGAUUUAUCCACACCUUGACAUAACAGUAAUAUAUUCUGACGAAUUAGAAGAUUCUUCAAUUUUACAAUAUUUUGAUGUUAGCAAUUUUCCAAGUGCUGUUUAUUCGAGAAAUGGACUGUUUCAAACUUUAAAUACAAAUUCACAAAACUACAUGAAAAAUAAUGAAUUAAAUGAAGCUCAAUUGAAAAAAUUUAUUGAUACUAUAAAUGAUUCUGAAAACGUUUGGUUUGAUGAAAAAUUUAUGAAAAAUGCCAAAGAAAAAGAUAAUAAAGUACAACAAGUAUCGGGAUUAAGUAAACUACAAGGUCUAAAUAAUGAAGUUAUAGAUAAUGAAGAAGAUGAUGAUAUAUUAGAACAUAUAGAAUUAUAG